AAACCAGCAAAAACUCAUCUCCCUCUCUUUGACUCUUGAGUCUCUCUAAUUGUUUCACAGGACCAGAAAAGCUUCAAUGGCAAUUGAUCUUGUUAGGUUCUCCAAGAUCGACGAUCGGACGGCCAUGGAAGAAGCCGCCUCCGCCGGUUUGCAGAGCAUGGAGCACCUUAUCCGCGUCUUGUCAAGCCAAACCCCGUCUCAGAACAACCUCGAUUGCCGUGAAAUCACCGACUUCACCGUCUCCAAGUUCAAGCAGUUCAUCUCCGUCUUGAACCGGACCGGCCACGCCCGCUUCCGCCGCGGACCGGCUAAGCAACCUAGUGAACCGACAACCACCUAUUCAGCUCCUCCACCUCCUCCCAACCCGGUCCCACCAAAGUCUCAGACCACUUUGUCUUUUGAAUCCAGAAAUCCCAAAGCAAACACCAAAACCAAUUCCAACUCCAAAGACUGCCUCACCUUGUCUCCACCCAUGUCAACUACGUCGUCGUUUCUUUCUUCCGUCACCACCGGAGACGGCAGCAUUUCGAACGGGAAAGUCUUCUCAUCAGCUGCCGUAGCCCCGGCCCCGGCCUUCUCCGCCGGUAAGCCUCCGCUCUCACAAUCUCACCGGAAACGCUGCCACGACGAGCUGGCGACCAAAACUACAUCCUCCGGCCGAUGCCAUUGUUCUAAGAGAAGAAAAACCAAGGUGAAGAGGACAGUCCGUGUGCCGGCGAUUAGUUCCAAAAUCGCCGAUAUACCUUCCGACGAGUUUUCAUGGAGGAAGUACGGCCAAAAGCCGAUCAAGGGCUCCCCUUACCCACGAGGCUAUUAUAAGUGUAGUAGCGUGCGAGGGUGCCCAGCGAGGAAACACGUGGAGCGCGCACAGGACGACCCCACCAUGCUUAUCGUUACCUACGAAGCCGAGCACCGUCACCCUCACCCGCAGUCUAACUCAGUCCCCGCCGGUGUCGUGGGUCUCGUGUUCCAGUCGUCUUGAUGAGGGAACAGUGGUGCAAAUGAUCGUGACCGUUGAAAAAGCCCCGUGACAAUGGAGUUGUGGAACAGCCGGUGAAAUUAGAAGCCCACUGAGUCAAACAAAGAAAAGUCGAUGUCAAAAAUAUACGGUGUAAUUGGGAAAGGGAGAGGGGUAUGGAUUGUAAAUUACGAAAGAAAGAAGGGUGGAAUAUAAUUUUGUGGAUCUUGAAAUAUU